AUGAAUAAUUCAGUCCCUACAAAUAAUCACAUAAGAAUUGCUGCCAUUAACGUUAAUUCCAUUAUUGCUAACUAUAGAAGAUUAGAGUUAUUGCAGUUUUUAGAAACCUACAAGCAUGAUUUUGUUUUCCUCUCAGAAACCAAGCUUAAUGCUAACCAUAAAAUGAGCUUCACUGAUAAUAAUUUAAUUAGAACUGACAGAGCGAAUGCUAUACAAGGUGGUGGCACAGCUAUUCUUGUUAAGAAGGGCAUCGAGUACGAAAUAGUUAAUUUUCCGGCCUCGAUUAAUAACGAAAUUCUCGAAUACACUAUUAUUAGAGUCUGUACAAACUCUAAUAAUAAUAUAUUUUUAAUAAGCGCGUAUACCACUAAUGACAAUAGGAUCUUAUUUAUUACAGAAUUAGACGAUCUCUUCAGAGGCCUUAAGCUUAGUAACGGUUGUAAUUAUUAUAUUCUAGCUGGAGACCUAAAUGCUAGGCACAAAGAGUGGGGUGACAGAGUCCAUAACCAAAGAGGUAAAUUUAUAAAACAAUGGGAGGCUAAAGUCGAUUUAACAUAUCGGCUUAACUUAAUUACGCCGGCACUCCCCACUUUCAAACCUAGUCAAUCGUUCUUGGAUAUAUGUAUUGCUGAUUCAAGAUUGAUGUUAGCCAAUAGUUAUAAUGGUAAAGCGUCUACAUUGCCUUAUGAUAGUGACCAUUCAGCCAUAUCGUUGGAAUUUGAGAUUUUAAAUGAUUAUCUAUCCCUGCAGACCAUAAGUGAUGACGGUCACCGUUUCAACUUCAAAGCCACUAAAUGGGACAAAUUUGCUAAGUUCAUUGCUCAAUCAUACAUAUCUGACAUCCCGUUUGAUCGUAACCUUUCCAUCCAUGAAAUUGAUAGCCACCUUCACACGAUUAAUGGAGUUAUAGUUCAAGCCAUUCAUGCAAAGGUUCCCAAAUUUAAAGUUAUAAAUAGUACUGCUAGAUAUCUAAAUCAGAAAAUCAGAAAACUGCAAAAAGACAAAAGUUACAUAGUGUCAUUACUCCAUGAUCUGCAUGUGAUAGAUCCCCUAUCUAAGUUGGCCCUUACUCGAAAAGCUAAAUCGACGCUCAAAGUGCUGGUCAAUGCCUUAAAAAAUGAAUUUAGAUUGGCAAUAGAAAGUCACUGGGUUAAUAUGUUGAAAAGAAUUAAUUACCGUCGUUCGCACUCCUUCUUCCCUGUGAUCAAUAAAUUGUUCAGGGCAAAGAAUUAUGAUGGCAUCAAAGAGUUACAUAUUAGCCAGGACAAUGUUACUCUUAUCAACAGGAGUAAAUGUAAUAUUUUAGAUAAUCAAAAAGUUGGGGAUAAUGUCAUUUUCUCAUCCCCAGCAGAUAAACUUAAUAUCAUGGGAUCUUACUAUGAGUCUAUCAACUCCCCCCGUUAUUUAAAUAACAACACUCGGCUCAAGGAAAUUGUGGAUAGUGUUUCACUUCAAUUAAAACGCGACUUCUUAAUUCGUAGGGAAGAAAACUUUUCAUUUACAAAAUUUAAUAGGGUUAAUAAUGCUGUUUAUCCGGAAAUACUGGAUAAUUUAACAACUCCUUUCUGUAGUCCCUCUACAGUUGAACAUAUUUUUAAGAAAUUACCAAACAAAACCUCUUGCGGGUUGGAUACCAUCCCUCCUAUUGUGCUGAAGCAUUUGCUUAGAGUGGUUAUAUUUGAUAUAGUAAUUCUAUUUAAUAAUGCUAUAAACAUUAGUUAUUUUCCAGAACUCUGA